AUGACGGCGAUCUACUUAUUCCGAUGUCUGUUACUAUUGUCUGUGAUCGCAUUGGUGGGUCGCUCAAGCGCUGAGAAAGUUAACUCUUCUGGAGGAAUGGUCUGGUCCACUGCGAGAGAUGAGGCGGAGUUGGUAGAAGAUUCCGGUGUGGUAAUCGGAGAGCAGGAUCAAAUCGACGGUGGAUUUUCUUCCCUGGAUGGGAUGUUACACUGGGCUAUAGGUCAUUCGGAUCCUGCGACACUUAAGGAAGCAGCUAAAGAUACACAGAAGAUGUCUAUGGAUGAGUUACAGAAGCGUCAAUUGGAGUUAAAGGAGCUGGUGGAAAAGCUUAAGUUGCCUUCAGAUGCACAGUUGAUGCAAAUAGCCGUAUCUGACUUGAACAAUUCGUCCUUGUCUCUGGAAGAUCGCCACCGUGCUUUGCAGGAGCUUUUGAUCCUCGUUGAACCCAUUGAUAAUGCCAAUGAUUUGAGCAAAUCAGGAGGGCUUAAAGUUGUCGCUGGAGAGCUUACUCAUUCUGACCCAGAUGUUAGGAAACUAGCUGCUUGGGUGCUCGGGAAGGCCAGCCAGAACAACCCAUUUGUUCAAGAGCAGGUUCUUCAGCUUGGGGCUUUAACAACACUGAUAAAGAUGGUUAACUCCAGUUCUGAAGAAGAAGCUGUGAAAGCACUCUUUGCUGUUUCUGCUUUGAUUCGGAACAACAUAGCUGCUCAGGACAUGUUUUAUGCAGCACAGGGAUACAUUAUGCUCCAGGAUGUAAUGAGCAAUGGGAGCUUGGAUAUUAAACUGAGACGGAAAGCUGUAUUCUUAGUGGGUGAUUUGGCUGAGUUUCAACUACAAAACACAGAGAAAGCUGAACUUCCUAUAUUCAGUGAUCGUUUGUUCCUACAGUCCGUAGUCGAUUUGAUCGUUGUGCUUGAUCUUGACCUCCAAGAGAAGGCUCUUGAAGCAAUCAAGAAUCUUCUUCAACUUAAAUCCAUAGAGCCUCUGAUUCUCAGAGACUUCUGCGGGUUGGAAGGAGCAUUAGAGAGAAUGAAGCUGCAGCUGAAGGAAUCAAUGGCGGAUGAAAACAUGAGAGACUAUGCUGCAGACGUGGAAAGCCUUCGUGCAGAAGUGGAACUGAUCUUCCGCGGAAAGCUUGGACUUUUAUGA